AUGGAGGAGUUGAUCCAACGUCACAAGAAGGAGAACAAGGACUUGAUCGCGACAAUCACAGGGUUGAAGAAACAAGCGACAAAGAAGAACAGAAAGAGCGUGCUUGAGAAAUGCCAGGAGUUGGAUGCUAGUCUAAAGAAACGGCAUGCUGCAGAGCUAGCAAUGUUGAAUGAAAGCGACGACGUUGGUGGCGAAGAAAACGACGAUGGUGUCUCUCCCGAGCAGCUACUAGCAGAAAUGUCCCUAGCACCGGAGACACCACUGGACACAUCGAACGAGGCAUCACAUGCUGCUCCCUGCAAGAGGCGAAACCGACAGAAGGAAAGACUAGACAAGCGCAAGGCCGAGAUUGAAAAGAUGCAGCGGGAGGCCCGCGAGGAAGCACUAAACACAACCGACUAUCGACAAAUCGAAAUCGACUCGAUGAACCAGCUCCUCCUGCUACACAACUUGGAACUACACGAGAUCAAACCCGAUGGACACUGUUUAUUCGCCGCGAUUGAAGACCAGCUCCGGGAACGACACCACAUCCAACGAUCGAUCCAAGAGUUGCGCGACUUGGCCAGCGACCACAUCUUGGCGAACCAGGACGACUUUGUCCCGUUUUUGUUUGACGAAACCACAUGCAAAGUGCGGGACGUCGAUAACUACUGCCUGGAACUAAGAACAACGGCAAUGUGGGGGUCCGAUAUGGAAGUGUUGGCGUUGGCGAGGAUAUUCCAUUGCUGCGUCACCAUCCACAUGGCGGGGGCCCCGUCUCUCAAGAUCAACGAAAGUGAAGAGGAGCAGGAGCCCGAGUUGCAGUUGGGGUAUUAUAAGCACUCGUAUGGACUAGGUGAACAUUACAACUCGCUAAGGGAUAAGAAGAAAAUAGUUGAGCCAAAGGAGUGA